AUGAUGCUUAAUACAAUCGCUCUUUGGAGACCAUUAUUGAAUCGUCAAAUAGCCAAUGUGGGAUUGAGAUCCUUGGCGAGGAGAACCUUCACACAAUCAACCUUCCUUAGAAAUGUCCAAAUAAACAACCCACCCUCAACAACCCCAACUAAACCAUUAACACAACUCGAAAUCGCUAGAUCUAAAUUUUCCCCUGAAGAUCUCGAGGCUGCAAGAGUAGCAAGAUUGGCAGCAUUGGGUCCUUAUAUCUCAAAAUUACCCGAGAAAUGGAUUCCUUACUUAGAACUCAUGAGACUUGAAAAACCAGUAGGGACUUGGUUAUUAUUGCUUCCAUGUUAUUGGUCAAUCACUUUGGCUGCAUAUUCCAUUAAUGCACCACUUUCAACUACAGUAGGUGCUAUUGCCUUAUUCUCUCUUGGUGCUGUCAUCAUGAGAGGAGCUGGAUGUACUAUUAAUGAUAUUUUGGAUAGAAAUUUAGAUAAUCAAGUUGCAAGAACCAUGGAAAGACCAAUUACAAGUGGUAGAGUCUCAGUACCUCAAGCUGUUGGGUUUUUGGGUGUACAGUGUUUUGCUGGAUUAGGGGUACUUUUAAGCUUACCUUUUGAAUGUUUUUAUUUAGGUGCUUUCUCAUUACCUUUUGUUGCUGCAUAUCCAUUAUUUAAAAGAUUUACUUAUUAUCCACAAGCCGUUCUUUCAACUUGUUUCAGUUGGGGUUGUCUCUUAGGUUUCCCAGCUGUUGGGGCCCCACUCAAUUUAUGGGUUGCUGCUCCAUUAUUUAUUUCAAAUUGGAUCUGGUGUUUAACUUAUGAUACCAUCUAUGCUCAUCAAGAUAAAAAAUUCGAUAUUAAAGCCGGAAUCAAAUCUACUGCAUUAGCUUGGGGUGAUAAAACAAAACCAAUCAUGAAAGGGUUAACAGCAGCACAAGCUGCAACCUAUGCCAUGGUCGGGGUUAUGAAUUCUAUGGGACCAGGUUUCUAUAUUGCUGGUGCUUAUGCAUUGGCUAGAUUAUAUAAUCAAAUCUUAAAAGUUGAUUUAGAUGAUCCAAAGAGUUGUUGGGGUGCAUUUACUUCAAAUAUCCGUACUGGGUUUAUCUUCUGGUAUGGAAUUGUUUUUGAUUACGUGUUGUUGUUACUUGGAUAUCUCUAA